CCCGCUGGGUUUCCCCCGCACAAUGGCUGGCACUGAGCCCCGCGUCCACUAUCUGGCGGGCUUCUCCUGUCCGCUCGGGGGCCUGGCAGCGGGCAAGCCUCGCGUGCUAUGCCACGAGCAGGAGGUUUUCCUGUCCACGGGGAGCGAGUUCGUCUACGUGUAUGACCAGGAGGGCGGGCUGCUGACCGCGGUGUAUCGGUUCCCCGACCAAGUGUGGCACCUGCAGCUCCUGGCCCUUCGCAGGGCACUCUACGUUCUGUGCGCACGGAAGGGCAUCUACUGCCUGUCAUUGGAGUCCCCGACAAGAAGGUCUUCGAGCCAAACAGAUGAGGAUAAGGACAGUGAAGUCUCUUCCCCAGUGAUCACUGUGGACCCUGAGGCCUGUGUCCUCCCAGAUACCACACUCUGUGCAUUCACUGUACAUGAUGAUGUCCUUGUGGCCCUGGUGCAGGGCCCUGCACAGUGGAAAAUGCAACUGUUUGAGCGUCCUUGUCCAGGGGAGGACCGCUGGCCAGGAGGCCUGGUUGGUGAGGUGGAAUUAUCCACCUCCACCCCACCAGCUGGGGCUCCAGGAAAGCUGACAUCCCCCUGCUUCCUGCCAGUGCUGUGCUGUGUGUCACCACCAGGCUCCAGGGUGCCGCGUGGCCAUCCCCAGGGCUGUGGGGGCUUCAUGUUGGAGGAGGCUCUCUUUGGGCUACUCUUUGGAGCAGAUGCCACCCUCUUGGAGUCACCUGUGAUCCUCUGUGGUCUGCCUGAUGGGCAGCUCUGCUGUGUGGUGUUGAAGGCUUUGGUCACCUCUAGGUCAGCCCCUGGUGACCCAAAGGCCCUUGUCAAGAUCCUUCAUCAUCUGGAGGAGCCUGUUGUCUUCAUUGGGGCCUUGAAGACAGAGCCACAGGCUGAGGAGGCUGUGGAGAGUGUGCUGCCCUGUGAGGAUGUGUACUCAGAUUGUUUGGUGGCCCUUGGUCACCAUGGCCGGACAUUGGCCAUCAAGGCCAGCUGGGACAAGUCAGGGAAUCUGGUACCAGAGCUUCGAGAAUACUGCCUCCCAGGACCUGUCCUCUGUGCUGCCUGCGGUGGGGGUAGCCGCAUGUACCACAGCACCCCUUCAGAUCUCUGCGUGGUAGAUCUGGCUCUAGGAGGUGUCCCUUUGAACUCGGAGCAGCCACAGUCUGAUGGAGCCCCUGGAUGCCUGCCCCCCUUGCUAUGCCCAGCCAGCUUGAGCAUCUGUAGUGUCCUUACUCUUUCUGUGUUAUCUAGGACACCUGCAGGUGGCACUGAGCUCCUGGCCCUGUCUACCAAAGGCUGCUUGAUGACCUGCCGGGUAGACCUGAACUCCGAGAUGCCUGGUCCCACCAGAAUGACUACAGAAAAUGCAGGCCAGAAAAUCAAGGAGCUACUCUCUGGCAUCGGUGAUGUCUCUGAGAGAGUAUCCUUUUUGAAGAAAGCUGUUGACCAGCGGAACAAGGCCCUGACAAGCCUCAACGAGGCCAUGAACGUGAGCUGCGCCCUACUGUCUAGCCGGGAGGGUCCCCCACCCAUCUCAUGCACCACCACCACUGCCUGGAGCCGCCUGCAGCUGCAGGAUGUGCUGAUGGCCACCUGCCUGCUGGAGAACAACAGUGACUUCAGCCUGGACCAGGGCUGGACCUUGUGUAUCCAGGUUCUCACCAGCUCUUCUGCGCUGGACUUGGACUCUGCUGGCUCAGCUGUCACUUACACCAUCCCUGUGGACAGGCUCAGUCCAGGCAGUCAGCGUGAAGUAACGCUGCCUCUGGGCCCUAGUGAAAGUGGCGUGCUCGACUUGCCUGUGACCAUGUCCUACACACUGUUCUAUAGCCUCAAGGAGGUGGUGGGUGGAGCCCUGGCCCCCUCAGAUCCUCUAGAAGACCCCUUUCUGGAGGAACAGCCUCUUGAUCUCCUUCCAGAGCAGGAGGGCAUCUGCCUGCCCCUGAGCAGGCACACAGUGGACAUGCUGCAGUGUCUGCGUUUCCCCAGCCUGGCCCCACCCCGUGCAUCUGUACCCUGCCCUCUUGGCCCUGCUGCUGAUCUGGUGGACACCUUCCUGGAAACAUGCCGAGCUCCAGGCAGUGAGCUGGCAGGCCCCGCGGCCCUGCGGGCUAAGUACCUCCCCCCAUCCACAGCCUCCAUCAGAGUGUCGGCAGAGCUGCUCAGGGCUGCCCUGGAGGACAGUCACUCAGGUGUUCCCCUGUGCAGUGCCACCCUGCAGUGGCUCCUCGCAGAGAAUGCUGCUGUGGAGAUCGUGAGGGCUCAAACACUAUCUUCUGUUCAGGGCGUGGCCCCAGAUGGCACUGACAUCCACCUCAUCAUCAAUGAGGUGGCUGUGACUGACCUAUGCCUGGCCGGGCCCAUCCAGGCUGUAGAGAUCCAGGUGGAGAGCUCCUCUCUGGCUGACAUGUGCAGGGUACACCAUGCCAUCAUUGGGCGCAUGCAGACAAUGGUCAUGGAGCAGGCUGCCCGGGGCUCCAACCCACCCGACCUCCGAGUGCAAUAUCUCCGUCAGAUCCAUGCCAACCAUGAGGCCCUGCUGCGUGAGGUACAGAGCCUGCGUGACCGGCUGUGCACCGAGGAUGAAGCUGGCUCCUGCGCCACGGCCCAGCGGCUCCUCCAGGUGUACAAGCAGCUGCGCAGCCCCAGCCUCGUCCUGCUGUGAGCAGCUGCUGGACCAUUCCUCAUCACGGUGGGAUGCUCCUCCCAUGAAGCCCCAGGGCUUAUGUGCAGCAUCCCCUCCACUGGAUGUUCCAGACCUCAUUCAGAACCACUGCUGGCCCAGUGAGCAGGCCGUGGAGAAACAGGAUUUCUAGGAUCAGGACUUGGGGUUUGUAAUUGUAUUGUCCCUGCUGUACCCCAGGAGCACCAGCAGUCCCUCGGGCUGCCAGGUGGGAAGGUGCUCCCUGCAACCAAAGCACAAAGCCCUGCCAGCACCAGUAGUGCUUCCUGCUGUGCUGAGGAAGGACUGUGGUGUCCUGUGACUAGAACCUCAGCAGCAAGGUGCCUGCCACCAGGGCUGUGCCCAGCACUGUGCUCUUUUCAGGGUCAUCCGGGGGUGGGUCCUGUGGCCCCCACAGCUCAAUGGCCCAGCUGCAGCCUGCCCCUUAGCCUGGUGCUGUUUUUACUACUGGGGAUGACCGUGUCCCACACCCUGUGGCACUCCUGCUGUGAGCCGUCUGUAACAAGUAUAUGUGGGUGCUGCAAGGUGCUUUACUGACAAGCAACCCUUUUCAUUGA